GCGCGGCGCGGCCUAGCGCGGCGGCGGGGAGGCGGCGAGGCCUGCGGGCAGCCCCGGGGAUGUCGUUCCGCGACCUCCGGAAUUUCACGGAGAUGAUGAGGGCACUGGGGUACCCCCGACUCAUAUCCAUGGAGAAUUUCCAUACCCCAAACUUCAUGCUCGUUUCAGAAGUGCUUCUGUGGCUGGUGAAAAGGUAUGAACCUCAGACUGAUAUUCCUCCUGAUGUGGAGACAGAACAGGAUCGGGUCUUCUUCAUCAAGGCAGUGGCUCAGUUCAUGGCCACCAAAGCUCACAUAAAGCUCAACACCAAGAAGCUGUACCAGGCAGAUGGUUAUGCAGUGAAGGAGCUGCUGAAGGUCACCUCUGUGCUCUAUGGUGCUAUGAAUACCAAGGAAGAGGAAUAUGCAGAUGUGAGUGAGGAAGACAGCAGCAAGUUCAAGUUUUAUCUUGGCUCAAAGAUUGCUGACCUGAAGGCAGCUCGCCAGCUUGCUUCUGAAAUCACCCACCAAGGAGCAAGUCUGUAUGACUUACUUGGCAAAGAAGUUGAACUAAGGGAAGCAAGAAGAGAAUCUAUUGCCCGACCUUUGGAGAUAAAUGAAGCUGAGAAGGGGAUGAAAAUUGCCAUUGACUGUGUUCUGGAACAAGUCCAAAAGACUAAAGACAUGUUGAAUAAUGUGGCUUUGGAUGAAGCCAAUUUGGAAGCCAGGAUUGAAAAACGAAAAUUGGAACUGGAAAGAAGCCAGAAGAGGCUCCAGACUCUGCAAAGUGUUCGUCCUGCUUUUAUGGAUGAGUAUGAGAAGAUUGAGGAGCAGCUGCAGAAACAAUACAGCACUUACCUGGAAAAAUUCCGGAAUCUGACCUACAUGGAGCAGCUCCUGGAUGAGCAGCGACAGACGGAGCAGGAGAUGUUUGAGGAAUCAGCAAACAUGCUGCGUCUUAUGCAGAACAGGCUGAGGGAAGAGGAACAACAGCACCUGCUGAAGAGUGGAAAUAGUGAUGAUUCUGACAUAGAGAUUCAAGAGGAUGAAGGAUCCAACAGUGAAGUAGAAGACAAGCACAACACAAAGCAGCACGUGGCCAUGGAAACACUGCUGCAAGGAAAAGCUGGCACACGGGUCGUGGGGACAAUGCAAGGUGGAGACACUGAGGAAGAUGGGAGAUCUGUCCCAGCACGGCCAAGCAUGCACAGGAUCAAGGCACAGGAGGACUCGGGGGAUAGUGAAAUUGACCUGGAUGAAGACGAGGAGGAGGAUGAUGUGGAAGAUGACAGCAUGGAAAUCUCCCUGAGCAAAUCCAGUCACCGAGCAAGGAAGCCAGAGCCACUAGAGGAAAGUGAUAAUGACUUCUGACCCUUCAGUAGCAGGACCUGGAGGCAUCUGGAAGUACAAACUUUGCAGGCUGGGAGCUGAUAUCCUGCUAUUUGUAAAGCAUUUGUCAGCAUGAAUUCAAGAGUUGGGAAAUAAUGUUCAUUAAACUUGAAAAUUAAGCUUGGAUUCCCAAUCUUCUGACUCCCAAAGCAUGAGCAGUUGAUCCAUAAUGAGAAUCACAGAAAUGGGGAGUGCAGUUAUUUCCAUAAUUGCAUUAGAACUGGCCCUCCUGCACUGCAGUGCCAAGGAAUCACACUCCAGUGAGCAUCAUGUCCUUCAUUUCCCUGCAUUUUAUUAUGUCCAAACAGAUUAAUUUUUGUUUUGGCUUAAUAAAACUGGAUUAAAAGCUGCUCUGGGAACACACUGAAAUGGAUU